CAAUCUGCAGCUCAUCAUAUCAUGGAUUCCAUGUAAGAUGUUGAGAGAACAGAUGUUAACAUUCCUCUAAAGAAACUUCCAUUACAAGAGAACAUUAAAACCAGGAAUGAGCAAGCAAAAACCAGAAAAUUGGUCAUUGGAAAUGCUAACAAAACACAUUCAAGAGAGAGAACAUUAAUGCUUGUUGGGGCAACUGGAACUGGAAAAAGUACUUUGGUUGACGGAAUGAUCAAUUACAUACUUGGUGUAAACUGGAAUGACCCAUACAGGCUGACACUUGUUGAUCUAGAAGAUGAAGAGAUGAAUAGAGACACUGAUCAGGCCGUCUCACAAACACAGUGGAUCACAUGCUACACGAUAAAUCCUUUGAAAGGCAGCCGCCUAGACUACACAUUGAACAUAAUCGACACCCCAGGAUUUGGAGAUACACGUGGGAUUGAUCGAGACAAGGAAAUCAUUGAGCAGAUUCGAACAUUGUUUUCUAGAGACGAUGAUACUGGCGUCCUUUUCAUCGACGCUGUCUGCUUUCUUAUCAAAGCACCUGAUGCUCGCUUGACUCCGACGCAGAUGUAUAUUUUCAAUGCAAUUAUGUCACUUUUUGGUCAAGAUAUAGCAGAUAAUUUCUGCAUGCUUAUUACAUUUGCUGAUGGAAAACGCCCUCCUGUGCUGUCUGCAUUAAAAGCAGCAAAAUUGCCACACGAGCAGUAUUUCCCAUUCAAUAACUCUGGCCUCUUCGCGGAAAAUACUGGCGAACAUGUGUCUAGUUUUUCAUCGAUGUUUUGGGAUAUGGGAUGCAAAAGUUUUCAGAUGUUCUUCGACAAGCUUACAAAGAUGGAAACGAAGAGUUUAAGACAGACAAGAGAUGUACUUGAACAGCGAGAAGUCAUAGAAAUAACUAUGGAAAAUCUUCUACCAAAGUUAGAUGCUGGUCUCAAUAAAGUUGAAGAAAUGCGCGUUGAAAUUAGAAUAUUAGAGGAUUACAAGACACAAAUUGAGGAAAACAGUGACUUCACUUACACUGUGUCGGAGACGGAACAGAGGCAGUUAGACUUACCGAAAGGACGUCAUGUUACAAAUUGUCUCAACUGUCAUGUUACAUGUCACAAAGAUUGUUGUAUACCAAACGAUGAGGACAAAAUGGGAUGUUGGGCGAUGGAUCGGAGCGGCUACUGCACACAAUGCCCAGAUCGCUGUUUCUGGAAUAUUCACAGAAACACGCCAUACAUAUUUGAAUACAUCACCGUCCAGAAACAAAAGACAUACACUGAAAAACUUGAAAAGUACCGUCGUGCUGAAGGAGAAACAAUGACGAGGCAGAAAGUUGUAGAACGAAUGUAUGACGAACUCUAUGAUCUAGAAGAUGAUAUAUUGGACUUGAUGGACAAAAUAAAUGAAUGCAACAACAUCCUUAGGCAGAUAGCGCUUAGACCCGAUCCACUGAGUGUUGUUGAACACAUUGAUUUGCUGAUUGAAAGUGAACGACUGGAAAAGCGACCAGGUUUUCAAGCGCGCAUCGCAUCUCUCAGACAGUGUCGCAAAAAGGCAACUAUAGGCGACGAUGUAGAUCGUUUCAGAACAAAUUUCACCGAUACUACCAAAAUAAUCACAGCACAAGUCAAUCUGCCACCUAAACAAGAAAAGAAGAAAAAACGUAGAGGACGAUACGGCUUUUUCCAACCGGUUAUCAAUUACUUUCAACAGUAGCUGAAAUAGACAAGGUUGCUGGUAUCUCUGUGAAAAAAAACAUGAUCAGAGCUUUAAUUUAUGCUAUUUUUAUGUCCCCGGCAUCUACUGAUGCGGGAGGCAUAUAGUGAUUGUCCUGUCCGUCCGUUCGUUCGUUCGUUCGUCCGUCCGGUUAACCAAAUGGGACCGUUUCGUCUAGCAUCAAUACCCCUUACUAGAAUGACUUGAUACUAAUGCAGAUGUAACCUAUGACCAUUCCUCAUCUUCACACAUCACCUGACCUUAGUUUGACCUUGACCUCAUUUUGGACUUGCUUUAUAUGGGCCAUCUCUUGGUUAACCAAAUUGGUCAAUGUUUUUAUACUUGGAAUUAUUUUCAUGUUAGAUUUUUUCGAAAGCUUCAUUUAUAGACAUAUCUUUGGUACUUUAAAAGAUUAUGACUUGAAAUUAAAAAUUUAUUUAUAAUCAUCUUCUGCAUAUGUGGUUACAAUUCCCAUAACUCUAAUUGUAUUUUUUGACAGAAUUAUGCCCCUUUCAUAUUUAAAGUUUUUUUGGAAAUCUUCGCUUUCUUGUUAUAACUUUAGUAUAAUAUAAGAUAAAAACUUGAAACUUAAAAUGUAUCUUUAUCAUCAUC